GGAAGCAGCAACGGCUGAGGCUGGCGGACGUCGGCGGGAGUGUAGCUCGGCCCUCCUCUCUCCGCCCGUCAACAUUCGGGUGUUGUCGACUCGAAGCGCACUGCCGGAGGAGGAAAAAAGGAAAGGAGACAGAAACUCGCACUGGUUUGCGUACAACGACCACCCCCCCCCCCAAAAAAGAAAAAAAAGUUAAAUAUUAACAUCAAACGUCAGCGAAAAGUGCCAGCGGAGCGAGCCACAUCUGUUUGAAGUGGAGCCUGUGUCUGAUGUGGAGUCGCGCUGGUGUGUUCGCUACAUGUUGUUGGUGUCGUGGUGACAUUGUUGGUGUCGUGGUGACAUUGUUGGUGUCGUGGUGACAUUGCCGCCGAGGGACAGCUCUCCUCCAGCGCGUCGAAGAAGGAAGGAAGCAGCCAGCCGUGAUUGUCCAGGAUGUCUGCGAAGGCUCACAGUUCCAACAACAUCGCCCAAGGCAGGCGGACGGUGCAGCAGCUGCGGCUAGAGGCCAGCAUCGAGAGGAUAAAGGUGUCCAAGGCCUCUGCAGACCUCAUGCAUUACUGCAACGAGCAGGCCAGGAACGACCCCCUGCUCAUGGGCAUCCCUGCCUCAGAGAACCCCUUCAAGGACAAAAAGCCCUGCGCCAUACUGUAAUGCUCCUCCGCUCGGCCUUUCCCGGGUUUCUUCUUGCCUGUCCGUGUUGCCGUGUCGUGUUUGUGGGGGGAGGAGCCAGGGGCGGACCGUCGCCGCCGCGCCGCUUGCCUUUUUCUGUUCGCCAAUCACCGCGGUUCUCUCCAAAUCGUCUUUGUGUGAAGAGCAACGAACGCGUUAGCGUUCCCUGGAGGUGUUCUGUCCCAGUUCUCUUGUGGAGGUCAACACACGUUCUGCACUAUUUCAUCCGAUCGCUUCCUUCAGGGUCUCACGACAAUCCACAUUCCGUUUGUCGUCUUUGCUUCUCAUCUUUAGGACAACUUUGUCAACAAAAUUGUCGUCUAUGUGUCAGAUUCUCCGCCUUACAUCGUGUGUGCGUUCAGGGUCGACAAAAACCCAUCCGGACUUUUCAGGCCGACCUUCAAAAGCCUUUAAUGCUCCCGCCUUUCCGUACAGUUCAGCUCGCCGUUAAGUAAACAAGUCAGGAGGUUCUAUACAUUCCAUUGAAGCAAUCAUCAGGCGGCGGUGUGUAGCUCCGCCCCUUUAGGUGCCGUACCUCUCUGCCAAGCAAAACUUGUAGGGAGCUGAACUGUCCUGUUUGGUGGACAUCAUCCUACGCCUGCCUUGUGUUAUGAAGAACACCUCCUGGGAGAACUGUUCCUGGUCCGGAACCAUGUCGUGCCAUCUGUGUGUCGCAAAACCUCUUAAACGGUGUUUCCUGGUGCUGCAGCGUUGCCCCGCCCCCCUCACAAGUUACCUUCGAAUCAGCAACGAUUGUACUUUUGUCGAAUCUUUGACUCUAACAGCCUUCUCCUUAUUUGCAAUAAUUCCCGCGAGCCUGUAAAGAAAAGUUGAGCUAAGCACUGCCGUGUCAGCGUUUGUCUGCCUUGUACCAUGAAAGUCCUCGUUUUAUUCUGGAGUGAGCAACCUUUGUAUGAAGAUGAGGAUGACGUCCAAGAUUGUACUAACAUCUCAAUAAAGUUGUCUUGUGUCAGACCACUGAUGCUUCUAGUG